AGUGUUGUGCCGAGAGACGGAGACUCUCUCUAUCCCACCGCCGAUUAAAGGCGUUAAAGAAGAGGACAAUGCCUGGAUUAUUACAGCCGCCGUUCAGCCUGCCCCGGGGAAGAGGGGCAGAGUGAGAGAAGGAGGUGAAGAAGGGAAGUCGGUGGCGCUUGGCCGCCGUCCACUAGUUCGUUAGCGCCUUUGCUGGUCGGGCUCUCCAAUCUCUUUUUUUUUUUUCCCCCGGAUACGACACAGAAACAUCGAGACACGCACGGGGAGGACCUGCGUUCACACCCUGGGCCUGCGGGAGGUGACUGUCAGAAGAAAUGCCGGUCCCAGGUGCCCUAGUACAUCACCAUCGGGACCAUGGCGACUCCUUGGCCAAUGAGAAAAGAGAGGUGCUCCCAUGGGUCUGCCUGCCUUGCUAGAUGGUCGGCGUCCUCCUUGAUGCUCCUAUGGUUGCCCUGGAUGUUACUGUGGCUGCCGUGGCCCGCCCGAGCUGAGCAGGUGGGCAGCGGGGGACAUGGAGGAAAAGUGCUUCACGGUUCUCUGUCAUCCCCCUCGUCGUCCUCCGCCUCCUCCUCUUCCUCGUCCCCUUCGAGCUCCUCGGCGUUGGGUUUCAACACGAGGCAGAGCGGAGGUCAGCUGGACUGGCUGCUGUCAGAGAAGGGACCUUUCCACAGAUGUCCGGAGUACACAGAGUUCAGAGAGAGGUUCCAGCAGGGAUUUUCUACCAGAUACAAGAUAUACAGGGAGUUCAGCCAUUGGAAGGUGAACAGCCUGGCUACAGAGAAGAGAGGUUUCCUCAAAGCUCCAGUGCCCUUAGCUCCAGAGUUCCUACGAAACCUGCGGUUACUGGGUCGACGGCCAACCCUGCAGCAAAUCAACGAAAACCUCAUCAAGAAAUAUGGGACCCACUUCCUAGUUUCUGCUACCCUGGGAGGAGAAGAGUCUUUAACAAUUUUCCUGGACAAGCAGAAGCUGAACAAGAAGUCGGAAGGCAACAGCAACAGUUCGGUAGUGUCUCUGGAGCUGCUUCAUCAGCUGGCAGCUUCCUACUUCACAGACCGGGAGAGCACCUUGAGGCGACUCCACCACCUUCAGAUCGCCACCUCGGCUAUUAAGGUAACUGAAACAAGGACCGGCCCUCUCGGCUGCAGUAACUACGACAGCUUGGAUUCAGUUAGCUCUGUGUUGGUGCACAGCCCGGAAAAUAAGAUCCACCUAAAGGGUCUGCAAGAUGUCCUGCCCGAGUUCCUGCGUGGGCGUUUUGUGGAAGCAGCCCUCAGCUAUGUGGCAUGCAACUCAGAGGGUGAGCUGCUCUGCAGGAACAAUGACUGCUGGUGCCGGUGCGCUCCCCGCUUCCCAGAAUGCAACUGUCCCUUUGCUGACAUCAAGGUCAUGGAGGAGAACCUGGACAAGAGCAAAGAAGCUUGGAACAGCUUCAACCAAGAGUUCAUGGAGUCAGAUGAAUUCAAGGCCUUCCUGAAGCGCUUGCCCACUGACCGGUUCUUGAAUGUAUCCUCCAUCGCCAAGUUCUGGUCCGCUGACCUGUCCCUCCAGAAGCGCUACGCCCAGCUGGAGUCCAGCACUGCCCUGGUCCUGGGAAAAACUCAGAAGAUUGUCAGGAAACUGUUCACGCUGAGCAAACGCUGCCCUAAACAACCGCGCAUCAGUCUGCCCCGAGAAAGGCCGGUGGGAUUUUGGCUGAGCAGAGCUCAGUCCCUGCUCUACUGUAAUGAACAUGGUGCGUUGGGCUCCUUCACUGAGGAGGUGAGGAGCUGCAGUUGUCCUGUGGAGCAGCCCGCCUGCCAGGGAGUCAUCCCAUGCGUGAUCGGCACCUCCUCCACCUCUUGCUCCCUGUGUGCCACUGACAACGCCACCCGCUGUGGAGCCUGUCAUCACGGCAACCUCCUCCAUCUUGGUUCCUGCCGGCCGAGCAUCGCUGCAUCCUUGGAUCAUUACCUGAACUUUGACUUGGAUAUGCCAGAUGCUGAGGUGAAGUACCUGCUUCAGCGACUCGAUAGCCGGAUAGAGGUCCACGCCAUCUACAUCAGCAACGACGUCCGUCUGGGAAGUUGGUUCAAUCCUGCCUGGAGGAAGAGGAUGCUGCUGACACUUAAGAGUAACAAAAAUAAGUCCAACCUCAUUCAUAUGCUGAUGGGCAUUUCUUUCCAGAUAUGCUUGACUAAGAAUUCAACUUUGGAACCUGUGCCUGCGAUUUAUGUGAAUCCUUUCGGGGGAAGUCAUUCGGAGAGCUGGUUCAUGCCGGUGAACCAGCCUGACUUCUCCGACUGGCAGAGAACUCGACUGGAAGCCGUCACCACAGCACAGUGCUACAACUGGACUCUGUCGCUGGGCAACAAGUGGAAGUCGUUCUUUGAAACGGUGCAUAUCUACCUGCGAAGUCGCAUCAUCACGGACGAUCCAACAGUGAAUGAAACUCUGUUCUAUGAACCCUUGGACCUGGAUGAUCAGACCUCCAAUAUGGGCUACAUGAAGAUCAACACACUGAAAGUCUUUGGAUACAGCAUGCACUUUGACCCUGAAGGCAUCAAGGACCUGAUUCUGCAGCUGGACUAUCCCUACACGCAGGGCACGCAGGAUGCAGCCUUUCUCAUGCUGCUGGAGAUGAGAGACCGGAUUAAUCGGCUGUCUCCGCCCGCACCGCAGCCACUGGACCUGUUUUCUUGUCUGCUCCGCCACCGCCUCAAGCUCUCAGCUGGAGAGGUGGCACGCAUUAAGGACUCUCUGCAGCUCUUCAACUCCAAACUUCCCAAUGCUUCUCCUGAACCCGAGCUGGCUCAGCUGUGCAGCUAGCAAGUUUAGCUCAGUCGCCAGGU